ACAUUAAAACUAACAGACAGAAAUGUGGUAUGUGAAGGUUUCAGGAAAUAAUGCAAGCGAAGACUUCCAAGAAAAUGUUUCGGAUGACAAGAGCGAAAAUUUUGACAGGAGCACCGAAAGCCUUGAUGUGUCUCAAUCUCAACCCAUACAACCAGCCUAUCCAGAAGAAGUUUAUGACUACAGCCAAGAAAUCCUCUCAGUGCCUUCUCCAGAUGAAUGGAAUAAUGCCAACUACCAAUAUGAAGAUUUACUGGAUACAAAUGAAAUUCAACAUGCAGAUAAUGAUUUAUCUAACGAUAUUGCCAUUAAUGAUAUCGCAGCAGCCGCUGGUGUCACAGCUGAUCCACAAUCGGAGUUGAUAGAUGUUUUUCAAGGAGAUAAAUUUGCUGAUGAAAUUGCUGAAGUGGAAACAAACGAGAGGAAGUUUAGGAGUCUUAAUUUGAAACCAAUAAAAUAA